AUGGAGUUUGUGUCUGGAUACAGAGAUGAGUUCCUUGAUUUCGCUGCCCUCCUGUUUGGCUGGUUCCGAAAGUUCGCUGCAGAGCGCGGGGCUGUGGGGGCCAGCCUUGAGAGCCGCUGGCGCCAGCUGGAGGCUCAGAUCAGAAGACUGCCCCAGGACCCUGCCCUUUGGGUGCUCCAUGUAUUGCCCAACCGUAGUGUGGGCAUCAGCCUGGGGCAAGGGGCAGAGCCAGGCCCUGCACCAGGCCUGGGGGCUGCCUGCUUCCUGGGAGACGAGCCCCCACUGCACCUGCGAGACCUAAGCCCCUAUGUCAGCUUUGUCAGCCUGGAGGAAGGGGAGGAAGCAGAGGAGGAGGAGGAAGAGGAAGAGAAUAGAGAGGAGGAGGGUACAGGUGUGGAGAAGGUAGAUCCGGAGGAGGAUGGGGAGCCAGGCCCCACCAGCAGGGAGUCCCCCCAGGAAGCAAACCCUCCAGGGGAAACCGAGGAGGCUGAGCAGGAGGCAGGAGGCAGAGGCGGCGAGGAAGGCUGCCGAGAGGACAAGGCUGAGGAAGAAGUGGGCCCUGACAGGAGGAAGGGGCGGAGAAGCGAGGCUGCCCCCCUGCACCUUUCCUGCCUCUUAUUGGUGACGGAUGAACAUGGCACCAUCUUGGGCAUUGACCUGCUAAUGGAUGGAACCCAGAGGAGUGCAAGCAAGGGCUCAGGGACAGAGAACCUGGCCCCUCGCGCCUAUGCCCUCCUCUGCCACAGCAUGGCCUGCCCCAUGGGCUCCGGAGACCCUCGAAAACCCCGACAGCUUACUGUGGGAGACGCCCAACUGCAUCGAGAGUUGGAGAGUCUGGUCCCAAGGCUGGGAGUGAAGUUAGCCAAGACACCUAUGCGGACGUGGGGUCCCCGGCCGGGCUUCACAUUUGCUUCCCUCCAGGCUCAAACCUGCCAUGUUUGUCACAGGCACAGCUUUGAAGUGAAGCUGACACCUUGCCCCCAGUGUAGUGCCGUCUUGUACUGUGGAGAGGCCUGUCUCCGGGCCGACUGGCGGCGAUGCCCAGAUGAUGUGAGCCAUCAAUUUUGGUGUCCAAGGCUUGCAGCCUUCAUGGAGCGGGCUGGAGAACUGGCAACCCUGCCUUUUACCUACACUGCAGAGGUGACCAGUGAAAGCUUCAACAAGGAGGCCUUUCUGGCCUCACGGGGCCUCACUCGUGGCUACUGGACCCAGCUCAGCAUGCUGAUUCCAGGCCCUGGCACCCCCAGGCACCCCCGGGCCAGCACACCAGCCCUCAGCCUUCUUCUCAGUGGAGAUCCCUAUCAGCUUCUCCAGGGGGAUGGGCCUGCCCUCAUGCCUCCUGUGCCCCCAGAUCCACCCAGGGGCCUCUUUGGCUCGUGGCAGGAUUACUACACGUGGAGAGGCCUCAGCUUGGACUCCCCCAUGGCUGUGCUUCUCACCUACCCAUUGACCGUGUACUACGUCAUCACUCACCUGGUGCCCCAGUCCUUCCCUGAGCUCAACAUCCAGAACAAGCAGUCACUAAAAAUCCACGUGGUGGAGGCCGGGAAGGAGUUUGAUCUAGUCAUGGUGUUUUGGGAGCUCCUGGUCUUGCUCCCGCACAUGGCCCUGGAGCUGCAGUUUGUGGGUGACGGCCUGCCCCUUGACAGUGACCAGCAGCAUUUUACCCUGCAAAGGGAUGGCCCAGAGGUUUCUGUCCGUCCUGGUUCCGGAGUGUCUGCACGGCUCAGCUCCGGGACUAAGGAGAAGGGGGGCCGCAGGGACCUGCAGAUCAAGGUGUCCGCAAGGCCCUACCACCUGCUCCAGGGGCCCAAGCCUGACCUGGUCCUUCUGUCCACUCCCCCUCUGUCUGCAGGAUUUAACUCCGGCUUCGGUCUCAAGGACACUUGGCUGAGCUCGCUGCCCCGGCUGCAGUCCCUCCGAGUGCCGGCCUUCUUCACCGAGAGCAGCGAGUACGGCUGUGUGAUGGACGACCAGACCAUGGCGGUGGCCACGGGCGGGGGCACCAGCCCCCCGCGGCCCAACCCCUUCCGCUCCCCCUUUCGCCUCCGAGCGGCCGACAACUGCAUGCCCUGGUACUGCAACGCCUUCAUCUUCCACCUGGUGUACAAGCCCCCGCAGGGCAGCGGAGCCCGCCCGGCGCCCGGCCCCGCGCCCCCGGCCCCGACCCCCGCCGUGCCCCCCGCCCCCGCCCGCCGGCGCCGCGGGGAAAAGAAACCCGGGCGGGGGUCCCGCCGGCGCAGAUGAGGGCCCAGGGUGGCCGCCCAGCCCUCCCCAGCACGCCCUCGGAGGGAGAACUGAAACGCGAAGGGCCAGGGGGAGGCGGGUUGGCGGAAC